ACCAAGUGCGGAAUUGCGUUUGCGUUUGCGUUGUGUAUGUGGCGAUGAAAUCAAAACACACAGAAUUAGGCACAACGAGAUCAAGAUCAAGAGUGGGAGUGGGAGCGGGAAGGAGACAGUUGCGAUUUUCUUCGCGGAAGGUUAUACGAAUCAUCAUUGUAUGUCUCGCCUUGUUUGCUAUUUUGCCUCCAAUUUUCUUCCACCUCCGUCUCAGACGCUUUCAUCAGAUGCAACGGAGAAAGUGUGGUUGGAUUCGUGAUCCUCCUCUUGUGUGUGCACAUGGCGGUGAUUCAUCCAAAGCAUCCUCCAACACUAUGGCUGCUUAUGUCUCUGCUCUUCAUUCUCAAGUGGAUUGUAUAGAGAUUGACGUCUCUCGUUCUUCAGAUGGUGUUUUGUUUGCUCUGCAUGACAGGGAUUUGCAGCGGUUAUCUGGAAACACUAGUUCUAAAGUUGGUUAUAUGACUUCAAAAGAGAUAAGAGAGCUUAGUGCUUCACGUAUGUCUGUUGUGAAGUUUAAUGAUGAAAGUAUACCUACAAUUCAAGAUGCUUUGAUGUUCACGUCAAAUUCAGUACGACAGAUAAUUCUAGACGUUAAAGUUGGACCCCCAUUUUAUGAGAAAGGACUUGCCAAAGAUAUUCUCUCUAUUGUAAGUGUGGAGAAGACAGAGUGUAGAAACUGCCUCAUAUGGGCUAAAAGAGACAAUUUAGCAAGGGAUGUAAUUAGACUGUCAUCAGAAAUUACUUCUGGGAUGAUGCAGGUUGGCUACAUUGUUAUGAGGGAACCUUCUACUGGGGCGAGAACAAACUUGUUGAGGAUGAAAGGCGCUGAGGUUGUCGGUGUCUACCACCCAUUGAUUGAUGAAAAGCUUAUGAGAGUUUUGCACAGGAGGAACAAAAAGGUGUAUGCCUGGACAGUUGAUGAUGUGGAAUCCAUGCAAAAGAUGUUGUUUGAGCAUGUUGAUGCUAUUGUUACGGGCAACCCAACUUUACUUCAAGGUCUAAUGCAAGAUACCAGAACACAAUGUCUCGAAGGAGGUUAUUCAUUUACAGACUAACAUUUGUUUCAAUACAUAACCUCUGUUUCAAUGUAUUAGGUGAUAAUUACAUUGCUAAUUGUUUGUGUAACCUCAAUUCUUUACUUGACAAUGAGCCGUAAAAAAGGAAGAAGAAUAUCAUACAGGGCUAAGACACUUGCCUUUGGGAUAUUUAAUGGGUCUUUAGUUAAUGCUAUUUGUCAAUGGAACUAUUGGCAUCAAAAUGGAGGACUGCAAAGGUCCUUCCUUGCUUAAGCAACAAAUAUGUAUGGCAGCAACAUGUGACAUUGGUUGAGGACACUAACCUAAUUACUAGGAAAAUG